GCUCAAUGAACUGGGAGCAACGUAAACAAUAUAUCUGUAAGGACUGAGAACCUCUGUAUUACGCUUUAGGACGGUAUCCCAUGGACUUCGCGGCUUUUGGCUAUGCGGGCUCAGGCGGCGGCUUCCCCGAUGAUUCUUCAAACCACAGCGCAUCAGAAACAUGUGCCUUGCCCGCCUACAUGCGGGCGCCGGAGGUCCCGUCGCAGGUCAUGGCGGAGUAUAUUUGGCUGGUAGGCGCAACGGGGCAGCUGCGCAGCAAAACAAAGGUCCUAGAGGCUAAGCCCAGCUGCCCUGAGGAGGCCCCGGUCAUGGUCGUGGAGAGCAACCCCGGCAACCAGCUCGCUGAGCCCAACCUGGAACUUUUCCUAAAACCUCGCAAGAUUUUUAGGGAUCCCUUUCGUGGCGGCGACCACAUCCUGGUGCUGUGCGACACCUUCCAUGCUUCUCAGGUUGCGACAGAAGCUGGGCUGCCGGCUACGGUCCUGCAACCUAGCGAGUCCAACAGUCGCGUUGCAUGCGAGAACGUCCUCAAGUAUGCGGAGAAGGAGGAGCCGGUUUUCGCUGCGGAGCAGGAGUACGCUGUUAUCCACCCGGCUUAUCCAACGGUAGUGCCCCUGGGACCCCGCCGCUCCUCAUCCCGCAGCAGCUGCAGCAACAGUAGCCGCCGCAAAAGCAGUUCUGGCAGCGGAGCGCGCGGUGGUAUCAGCAAGAGCUGUCAUGGCGGGAAGUUCAGCACGGCUGCAGCUGCAGACGUGCGCCGUGCCGAUGUGGAGAGCACGUUUGGCGCACCUACAAAAGACCAGCAAGGUGCGUCGCGCCAAAAAGCAGCAAGGGUUGUCGCGGAUUCACACCUGCGCUGUUGUCUCUACGCUGGUAUAAAAGUCACGGGCGCGGAUGUGCACAGCUUGGACGGGUUGCAUUCCUACAAAAUUGGCCCAUCGCCGGGUGUCGACCUUGGCGACGACCUAUGGACAAGUCGCUAUCUGCUGCAGCGCGUUGCCGAAGACCACGGCACAGCGGUAUCCUGGCGGCCAGACGCCCUUCCCCACGAGCGGCCCCUGGGCUGUCACUUCAAAUACAGCUCUGCAACUACACGGCAGGCGCCGCACGGCCUCGGCGCUAUAGAGCAGCAGCUAGUGCGGUUGCAAGCCGCCCACCUCCAGCAUCAGGUUGCCUACAACGACGGCAGGCUUGAACGUCUAGCCGUGCCCAACGCCUCGGUAUUUACACAUGCUGUCGGGUCGGCACAGGCCUCCAUUGUCGUGCCCAGCUUGACUGUCCUGCAGCAGGGCGGUUACUACACGGACCGCCGGCCGCCUUCAGACGCGGAUCCCUACAAGGUCACGCUGCUGCUGGCGGCUACAACUCUGGACGUGCCCAUACCCAACUUGCCGUGUAUCAUGGGUGCAGCAGCCGCGCCUAUUGGUCCUGCGCUUUCGCCCCUGCCUGUCGUGGCCGCUGCGGCUGCAGGCGCUGCUGUGCCCCCUGGGCUGGCCUACAGCCCCAUCAGCAGUUUCCUGCUGGCCCUUCGCCAGCAGCACCACCAGAUGUACGACACGGAGAGUGAGGAAUGCAACUCGGUUGGCGGUGACGACUCGUUUGUGACGGAGGAUUCCGCGGCGCUUCUGGCCAAGAUGGACGAUGACGGUGGUUACGAUAAAGAUGGGGACAUGGAGUCGAGUGAUAGUGGCCUGGAGGAGGACGAGGCUUGCUCUGCUCCCAUGGCGGAUUGGGGUGGCAAGGAAUGUCCUUACCUGCAAGGAGAGGGAAUCUGAUGGGGGUGCGUUGAUGGGCGGGGGUGGGAGGGGGUACCGGAGCGGUGUCGUGGAAUGGGUUGGGGCGUAUUGGAUGGGAGCCUACUAGUAAUUACUAAGGCAGGCGAACGGCAAGAGCAGGGACAGGUGGGUUUGGCGACAUAGGAAGACUUUGCGGAGGUUGGGCCCUUUGGGGUCUUGACACGUAGAGAUAUGUGAACCUGCAAGCGGUGUGUCUGUCAGCGAUAACUGUCUGAAUUUACAUUUUCCUUUACGCUGGAGGCUGGUCACCAUUGUUCUGGUGCUCCGCACUGAGGCGAUUCAGCGGGCAGCUUUUGCUCGUUGCGCACAACCUAACUCUUUGUCGACUCUGUACAGAGCACCACGCGCUUGGGUAAGGAGGCAGCCACAGCUUGAGACUCCUUGAUACUGCUUGUUUCCCCGCACCUGUGUGAGGAUGACUGAAGCGUUGCCUCCCGGACAGCGACAAUACGCUCAUGCAGUUUUGACCCGACUGGAUUUUGUUAUGUGAGCUCUAUAGUCACUGUUCAGCCGGUCACGAAUGUUGUUGCGCUUGUCCUAUACUCUGCGGCGUCCCUAUGGGGCGUCUUGGCACUUGACGUGUAUGUGAUGUGUUCCGUGUGCUUGGGAUGCUGUCUCGGCUCCUCACUAGUCUUAACUUGGUCUUUACUUGUCUAGCAAUCAGAUGAAUGCAGGUUUGCGGUUUACUAAGCGUCUGGGGUAACCUACAGGGUGAGACUAGGGUAUUAGGCUCAGUGGCAACUGGAGCUGCCUCCUAUCGUCCACAUUGUACCAAUAGGAGAGAGGGUUUACCGUGAAACUGUGUGAGGCCCAGGCGGCAUCGAGAGCGUGCGAAUAAAGCGGCUACAUGCGCCGCGCCGUUGAAGACGUUGCGUCCUUGACUCCAGUAAGUUAUCAUUGUUUGCGGUAAGACUUGCGCGAGGGGUAUGUUGACAUGCGCCAGGCUCCUGGCUAGACAUCCUGAACUGCAACUGGGGCGGAUGGGUAGGUAUGGUAUCCCAAGAUGGGACAGAGUAUUGUAUUUAUGAUAUUCAAACCUGGCAUGGCAGGUAAAGGAGGUGCGGAAGUCGUGUACCGCCCACGUAUUACUGGGAGAGGAAGGCGGGUAUUGUAGGGCAGUCUUGGGCGAGGCAUGGGAGAAGCCUGCUGUGGAUAUUGGCAGGUGAACGCCUGUGAUGCGUGGGAAAGUGCUGUCCAGCUCUGGUGGGUGUUAUGUAUGCGUUGCCGCGAGUACCGGCUGCUUUAUAGGUGGCCAGCCUCUGAGAAGGAUGCCUACGACGGGCCUGCCCCUGUUGGGGUUCUAAGGUGCCUUGUUGGUCCUUUAGUUGAGCCAUGCGGAAACGUGAUUUCAUUGUCGUGGGUUACUGUGUGGUUGUUUCUCUUGAC